UUUGUCAGAAUACACAACAGUGAAUUGUAAUAAGCAUACAAAGACGAAGGUCGCGAAAGAGGAUAAAUUGAUUAGUUUUGUUUGGCUGUAAAAGGGAGCGGAUUUCAUCACCGAUUUCCCGAAACCCACCUUGUGACCGUAAUCCUGCUGUUCUAAGGAAAAGUAAAACAAUCGGAUGGCGAUCAAUCAAAACACCACCGAAUCGUCGUUUCAAAGUAGUGGCAAUGGAGGAAGUGAAUCAGCGUCCAAACUGCGAAAACUACUGGAGGGGCUGCUGAGCGUAGAAAAUUCGGACGGUUUGACCGAGGCAGAGUAUCGUCAGAUAUGCGAGUAUAUCUGUUCCCUACUGCUGGCCGAUCAGAUCGACAAGAGUGCGAUGCCAAACAUACGCAACAUGCAAUCGCUUGCGGAAAUCAUCACGAAGCAGUUCCAGCAACUGGUCGAGAUAAACGCCUAUCGCGAUCUGGUGCAGCAUUGCCUGGAGAAGCUGUACACCGACGAUGCAUUUGCAGAGAAAAAGAUCCCCUCCCCGUAUGUCACAAUCAUGCUGGCCCUAAUGGAACCGAAGCAGGGCGUCGCAUGGAUUCUGUCCAAAAACCUGAUCGAUGAAGCUAUCGUUAAAAUUCUUACCGUUUUCAUCGACUGGCUGUGUAUGAUCAAUUUUGCGCCAAAUCUCAAUGUUUGGAUUAUGCUACUGAUCGAAGGACUUCGGGCCAAAGGAAAAACUAACUGUAUUUCGAAAGUUAGAAAGGAUAGACUGAAACAAUGUAUGGAUCGCAUGCAUCUUCCCCAUUUUCAAAAACAAGUCGGCCCAGUUAUUACGUGUUUGGAAGCUGGAGAGUUACGAUCGGAUAUUGGUCGGCUGAGCUACGCCUACUCAGAACCGUUCGACAAUGUUGUAAUUGGUGACAAUAGUUUGACCCGUUCAAAUGCACGGGUUGGAUUGGUCAAUUUGGGUAACACAUGCUAUAUGAACAGCGUGGUGCAAGCGUUGGCCAUGACUAAGCAGUUUUGCACGGAAGUGUUGCUCAAGCAGAUCGAUGCACCGCCUUUUUCCGAGGUGCAACAGCUACUAGCUCUUCUGAUUCAUUCGCGACGACCAGAACUGACGCCGCGAGCAGUGCUUGCUUCAACCAGGCCACCAGGCUUCGCACCGGGGUAUCAGCAGGAUUCAUCCGAGUUUCUCAGCUAUCUUCUUGAUCGGUUGCACGAGCAGGAGAAAAAGCUGCUCCAUCAAGCGAGUAUCCAUCAGCAGCACCAAGAUACCGGUUUGCCACUAGUUGCUAGCACCCACAGUGGCGGCGCCAGUAAUCAGCCUAAAACUCUCGUUCAGAAAACCUUCGAAGGGCAGCUUUCGGUAGGAUGCUUGUGUGCAGUUUGCAACAGUACGAACCAUACGAUCGAAACUUUCCGAUCGCUGGAUCUGUCCUUUCCCGAUGACAACGAGCUGGGAGUGUCAGCAGACGGUACACAUUCUGUCCAGAAACUGCUCGAUUAUUUCUGCUCCUCGGAGAAACUUACCGGCGAGAAUCAGUACUUCUGUGAUCGCUGUCAGCAGUUGCGUGAUUGUGAUCGCUCCGUAACGGUCACCGUGCCGCCACAAAACUUGAUACUUACCAUCAAACAUUUCCGUUACGACCAGAGUCGCAAUCUGCGUGCAAAACUGAUGAACAAAAUACUGCACAAUGAAAACAUUUCGCUCGCCGUAACGGACGCAGAUGGGCACCGUCGGCAGUUGCACUACCGAAACUAUGCGGUAGUCGUUCACUACGGUACGAACAUGGACUCCGGACACUACUACACUUACGCACAGGACGGUUCGGGAUCGUGGUUUAAAUUUAACGACAACUACGUUACCGAAUGUUCGACCAGCGAUCUACAGAACAUCCCGAGCCCGAACACACCGUACAUUCUUUUCUAUCAGCUCGUCAUGGAUAACGUUGUGGGUUCGCCGACCGGGGGGACAACAAUUUCCGCGGCAGCAAACAAUCCCAGCUCCAUAAGUUCCGCGUCGGUCUACGGUGCGCCGAGUGGCGGUGGUGUAUACGAAAACUUUCCAGCUCUAAACGAGCUGCCCAGUCGGUUGCAGGAAUUCGUACGCGAUGAUAAUCUACUGUAUCACCGAGAGGUUCAAGAGCAGCGCGACAAAAAAGCCUCCAAGAUGCCUUUCCUUUCCUUGGGAGGUUCCGGAGGGAAUCGCCGCCAGUCGGAUGACUACGACGAUCCGCCACCAAGUUCCUGCAACAGCAAGUGGAUUACACCGUCAAACAAUUUCAUCUUUUAAACCACGGCCCAUGUCGACUAGGUUCGCUUUCCAGUGCGGAUAGGCUUUUUCCGUUUUCAUUUCCCUUCCAUCAUCCCCUAUUUUACGACAAAAACCAGGGAUAAACAUUAUAAGUUGUUGAAAUUAUUUAAAAAAAAAGGUGAGAAAUGAUAUAUAAAUCUUUUUUCGAUGAGUUUUAUUGCAAUCGUAUCGUAGCAGAAUACCCGUUAGAUUGCUGUACCGAAAUUAGAAAAUUCGUUGAAUUCAGUGGUUUCAUUUUCAUUCAUUCUUUUCCAAUAGAUUGAAAAAUUCUGCUUAUCGCACAAUUUUUCCUAAUGAAAGAGUUUUUGUUACUUUUGAUUGCUCGGUAGGAAAGAAUCAUAUCCUUCUCAAUGUGUAUUUUUAAUAAACUAAAUUUGUUAAACAAGC